AUGGCUGAACGCUACAUCCCCGAGCAUCGUCGCACCCAGUUCAAGGCCAAGGGCACCUUCAAGCAGGAUGAGCUCCGUCGUCGCCGUGAGGAGCAGCAGGUGGAGAUUCGCAAGCAGAAGAGAGAAGAGAAUCUCGCCAAGCGAAGAGGUAUCGGCACUCGCGAGGGCGGCAUAGGAGGUGAUGGCGGCAUGCUUGCAGACAGCGACGAUGAAGCUGGCCCUAUCGAAACUGAGUUGGAUGCCGAGCUUCCAGAGAUGGUCAAGGGUGUGUUCUCAGACCAGAUCGAACUGCAGAUUCAGUCCACCACAAAAUUCAGAAAACUGCUCUCCAAGGAGAGAAACCCUCCAAUUGAACGUGUUAUCGAGACCGGUGUCGUCAGCCGCUUCGUCGAGUUCCUACGAUCGCCCCAUACUCUUGUCCAGUUUGAAGCUGCUUGGGCGUUGACCAACAUCGCCUCUGGAUCUGCGCAGCAGACCCAGGUCGUCAUCGAAGCCGGAGCUGUCCCCAUAUUCGUCGAGCUCCUAAGCAGCCACGAGCCUGAUGUGCGGGAGCAGGCUGUCUGGGCUCUCGGAAACAUUGCUGGUGACAGCCCACAAUGUCGUGACUUCGUCCUUGGUGCCGGUGCUCUUCGCCCGCUCCUCACUUUGCUUGGUGAUGGCCGAAAGCUGACCAUGCUCCGCAAUGCCACCUGGACCUUGAGCAAUUUCUGCCGAGGAAAGACUCCUCAGCCAGACUGGCCUACUAUUGCCCCAGCGCUCCCUCUUUUGUCAAAACUUAUCUAUAUGCUUGACGACGAGGUGCUUAUUGAUGCAUGCUGGGCUAUCUCUUAUCUCUCAGAUGGCCCCAAUGACAAGAUCCAGGCUGUCAUCGAGGCUGGUAUCCCCCGCCGCUUAGUUGAGCUCUUGAUGCAUGCUUCCACAUCUGUCCAAACUCCCGCCCUACGAUCGGUAGGUAACAUUGUCACUGGAGACGACAUCCAGACCCAAGUCAUCAUCAACUGCGGCGCUCUCACUGCUUUGCUCUCGCUCCUGAGCUCGAAUAAGGAUGGUAUCCGCAAGGAAGCCUGCUGGACCAUUUCCAACAUCACAGCCGGUAACCCAACACAGAUCCAAGCUGUUAUCGAUGCCAACAUCAUCCCACCGCUGAUCCACUUGCUCUCUCACGGAGACUUCAAGACCCGCAAAGAGGCCUGCUGGGCCAUCUCGAACGCUACCUCCGGUGGUCUCCAAAAGCCAGACCAGAUCCGCUACCUUGUUACCCAAGGUUGCAUCAAGCCCCUUUGCGACCUCCUCUCCUGCCCUGACAACAAGAUCAUCCAGGUCGCUCUCGAUGGUCUAGAAAAUAUCUUGAAGGUUGGCGAGAUGGACAAGGAAUCUGGCCAGGGUCCUGAAGCAAACAUCAACAGAUAUGCUCUCUUCAUCGAAGAGGCUGGUGGCAUGGAGAAGAUCCACGAUUGCCAGAACAAUGCCAACGAAGAGAUCUACAUGAAGGCAUACAACAUCAUUGAGAAAUACUUCUCCGAUGAUGAUGAGGCUGGUGCCGAUAUUGAUGAGCUUGCACCCCAGCAAACCCAGACUGGAUUCGCCCUUGGCACCAACCAGCAGCCUACCGGCACCUUCAACUUUGCUAACGGUGGCGACUCUAUGGAUAUGUAA